AAAGCUGCGUUUCCCGGGAGAUCCCAGGCGGUGACAGACCGGGACCAUGGCUAGAGGCAGGAAGAUGUCCAAGCCCCGCGCGGUGGAGGCGGCGGCGGCGGCAGCGGCGGUGGCGGUGGCAGCGACGGCCCCGGGCCCGGAGAUGGUGGAGCGGAGGGGCCCGGGGAGGCCCCGCACCAACGGGGAGAACGUGUUUACCGGGCAGUCAAAGAUCUAUACCUACAUGAGCCCGAACAAAUGCUCUGGAAUCCGUUCCCCCCUUCAGGAAGAGAACUCAGUCACACACCACGAAGUCAAAUGCCAGGGGAAGCCAUUAGCUGGGAUCUACAGGAAACGGGAAGAGAAAAGAAACACUGGGAACGCAAUACGAAGCACCACGAAGGCCGAGGAACUGAAGGUCAAAGACGCCAGGAGAGGUCCCCUGGCCCCUUUUCCAAACCAAAAAUCUGAAGCAGCAGAAACUCCAAAAACUCCAACCUCGUCUUGUGAGCCCCCCAGCGCAGCCACCGCCAAGCAAGCCCCAAAAAAGCCCAUCAAGGGGAAGCAGGCGCCUCGGAAAAAGUCUCAAGGAAAGACGCAGCAGAACCGCAAGCUCACGGACUUCUACCCGGUGCGCAGGAGCUCCCGGAAGAGCAAGGCCGAGCUGCAGUCUGAAGAAAGGAAGAGAUUAGACGAAUUGAUCGAAAGUGGGAAGGAAGAAGGAAUGAAGAUUGACCUCAUUGACGGCAAAGGCAGGGGCGUGAUCGCCACCAAGCAGUUCUCCCGGGGCGAGUUCGUGGUGGAGUACCACGGGGACCUCAUCGAGAUCACCGACGCCAGGAAGCGGGAGGCUCUGUACGCACAGGACCCCUCCACCGGCUGCUACAUGUACUAUUUCCAGUAUUUGAGCAAAACCUACUGCGUGGAUGCCACCAGAGAGACAAAUCGCCUGGGGAGACUGAUCAAUCACAGCAAAUGUGGGAACUGCCAAACCAAACUGCACGACAUCGACGGCGUGCCUCACCUCAUCCUCAUCGCCUCCCGAGACAUCGAGGCCGGGGAGGAGCUCCUGUACGACUACGGGGACCGCAGCAGGGCUUCCAUCGAGGCCUACCCCUGGCUGAAGCAUUAACCGUCCGCCCCCGCCCCUCUUCGAUGGACAAAGUGCCCUCAAAGGGAAUUGAUUUUUUUUUUUUUACACACUUAAUCUUAGCAGAGUGCUUCAGAUGUUUUUAAAAAGUAUAUUAAGAUGCCUUUUCACUGUAGUAUUUAAAUAUCUGUUACAGGUUUCCAAGGUGGACUUGAACAGAUGGCCUUAUAUUACCAAAACUUUUAUAUUCCAGUUGUUUUUGUACCUUUUUUGCAUACACGUUGAACGUCCGUGCUUCCCGUGCAUGCGGUCGGAGACUCGGCACGGGUCUCGGAGGAGAGCGAACCGGAACCAGGAAGCUGGGUGCCGUCCCGCCUCCAGCUGCAGAACCAGGCCUUCCCCCGCACGCACCCCGCCGGCCGCCCAGCCCUCGAGCGAGCGAGCGAGCGCAGGCGGCCAGGAAGGCGCCGCCUCCCCCCGGCCUGGGCGGGAGGCUCCCAAGCUCUUGUUUUCCUGGCGUCUCGACAGGCGCACUUGGAGGUGUAUGAGUAUUUUUUAAAGGGUUUCGCAGUAAGUUAGUCUUCCCCUCUGCUUUCUCAAAAGCUUGCUGGCCCGGUGGCCCGUGGGCACGGGCCGGGCCUGGGUUUGCUCUUCCACGGGCCGCCGCUUCCGGCACUCGGAGCAUCAGGGCGGGCAGUCAGAGUAGGUGUGGGCAGGGAAAGCAUUGCUUAGCCUGGCCCGGCGGGGCGGGGCUUCCCGACACGGGGUGAUUCUUUAUAGAAAUGUGAACACUGAAUUUAUUUUAAAAAAAAUAAUUAAAAAAAAAAAAAAGAAAGAAAAAAAACCACAGAAAACAA